AUGGCCUCUCUGCAGGAACAGACAGGGGGACAGCAGCGAACGGCCCGGGGGCUGCGUGCGGCUCUGACUCGGGGGCUGGCUGUGCGGGAUGAGCUGCAGUGCUUCUCGUCUGCUGCUUGGGGCCUGCCGGCCCGUAGAGCCAUGCCAGCCGUGCUCAGCGCCUGCCUCAAACUGGAGUGCUGCAUCAGCGGGACCCACAGCAUGGACCUGGUGGCCCUGGGGCCCUUUGGCGAGUACACGGCGCUGCCAGGCCUUGACUGCACCUUCCCUGGGGGCUACAGCAGCCUCCCCGACCGCAUGCUGGAAGCCCUGCCCGAGGGCACCGUCCUGCUCAACAAGCCGGUGAGGACCAUCCGGUGGCAAGGGGCCUUUCGUGAGGACGGGGACUCACAACAGGAGUUCCCUGUGCGAGUGGAGUGCGAGGAUGGCGACUCCUUCCUCGCGGAUCACGUCAUCAUCACCGUCCCGCUGGGUUUCCUCAAAGAACGCCACCAGGACUUUUUUCAGCCUCCUCUGCCCGAACGGAAAGCAGAAGCCAUUCGCUGCCUGGGUUUUGGCACCAACAACAAGAUCUUCCUGGAAUUUGAGGAGCCGUUCUGGGACCCGGACUAUCAGCUCCUUGAAGUGGUGUGGGAGGACGAGUCACCUCUUGCGGAGCCCAGCACGGACUUGGAGGCCAACUGGUUCAAGAAGCUCAUCGGCUUCGUGGUCCUCCAGCCACCAGAACAGAAUGGCCACGUCCUUUGCGGCUUCAUUGCUGGGAAGGAGUCGGAGUACAUGGAGACCCUCAGCGAUGAGGAAGUUCUUAGCACCUUGACACGUGUCCUUCGUAUGCUGACAGGAAACCCACACCUGCCCGCCCCCAGGAACAUGCUCAGGACCCGGUGGCACAGCGCUCCUCCCCGCAGCUACGUGGCUGUCAGCAGCUCGGGGGAAGACAUCGACGUGCUGGCGCAGCCCCUGCCCGAGGACGUGUCUGACCCCAGGCCACUGCAGCUCCUCUUCGCCGGCGAGGCCAACCAACGCUCCUUCUACUCCACCCCACAUGGGGCCCUUUUGAGCCCGAGCCCCUCAACGCCCUCUACGGGGCCACCAAGCCGUCCUGAGGUGCUGGAGCAGCUGAAGCAGGAGGGCUGCACGUGCGUCAUCUUCACCGACUGCCAGCACGACGCCAACGUCAGGAAGAUUGUGCCACUGGUGGCCAAGCUGGUGAGCAGCAGCCCGCGCUACCAGAGAGCCGAGAACGCCGACUACAGCAUCAUGGUGAUCGGCGUGCCCAACACGGGCAAGUCGUCGCUCAUCAACUCCCUGCGAAGGCUGCACCUCAAGAAGGGAAGAGCCACUGCAGUUGGGGGCGAGCCAGGCAUCACCAAAGCGGUGCUGACCAGGAUCCAGGUCUGCGAGCAGCCCCUCAUGUACCUGGUGGACACGCCGGGAGUGCUACCCCCAAGGCUAGGGGACGUGGAGACGGGCAUGAAGCUGGCACUGUGCGGCGCCAUCCGUGACCACCUGGUGGGCGAGGACGUCAUGGCCGAUUACCUGCUGUACACGCUGAACCGGCAGCGGCAGUUCAGCUACGUGCAGCGCUACAGGCUGCCCGAGCCCUGCGACGACAUCGAGCACGUGCUGAAGCGCGUGGCGCUCGCCCUGGGCAGGACGCACAAGGUGAAGGUGCUCACGGGCACAGGGAACGUCAACGUGACCAUGCUGGACUACUCGACGGCUGCCUACGAGCUCAUACGGGCUUUCCGGGCUGGACGCUUGGGCAGGGUGACGCUGGACUGA